UCAGUCUCCGGGACUGAGAGAAGCCGCGGGAGGGCUGAUGGCUGCAGACCGGGGAGAUGAUCAGAGCUGCUGAGAGCAGAAGGAGCAUAGAGAGCGGCUCCAGAUCCUGACUACCUACCUGCAGCAGAUGAGCCUCACUUACCCGCCCUGCCAGCCUACCUGCAAGUGAGCCCCAACCCGCACCUGUCCUGACUACCUUCCUGCAGACUACAGACAACGGUGGUGACUCCACUCCAUCCACCAUGGAGAUCCUGGGCUCAACGCUGACGUCUACCUAUGCCCGACCUCGGCCAAUUCCUACCAACUUUCUGCCAGCCAUAUCCACAAUGGCGUCAAGCUACAAGAACCGCUUUCCCCACUAUACCCUAAGCCAUAGUUUGAGUCUACCAUGGAGGCCCAGCACCUACUACAAAGUUGCCUCAACCACCCCGACAUUGUCUCCCCUGUCCAAGAGCGCUCCUGGACUCAGUCCAGCUCAUAUUCUACCCUACGCCUCCAACAGGACUGCGCUUUUCACUAGGUACUCCCCCGACGACUGGUACAAGUCCAACGAGAGCAAUUACAGGGAUUCGGAGUCUUCCAGGCGCAGUGCUGAGAGGCUUCGGGUGGACACCAGCCGCCUCAUUCAAGAGAAAGAUCAGAAGACCAGAAGGAUUCAGACCGACACCAGCAAAGAUUUGGGAGAGCGGGUCAAUGAUAUUGCCUUCUGGAAGUCCGAGAUCGUUCACGAAAUCGACGAGAUGAUCGGUGAGACGAAUGCUCUGUCAGAUGUCAAGAGGCGCUUGGAGAGGGCACUUGCAGAAACAGAAGGACCUCUACAGGUGGCUCAGGAGUGUCUGUAUCACCGGGAGAAGAGGAUGUCCAUAGAUCUGGUGCACGACGAUGUGGAGAAGCAGCUCCUGCAGGAAGGUGAUUGCAUCAAGUCUUGCCAGGAGAGAAUGAGGAGACACCUGGACAGGACUGCGGCACAGCUUGCUUCGAAUAGGGCAGCUCAACACGAACUGGAGAGGGACAUCAGUGACAAGCAAUCGGCCUUCCGCAUCGAUGACAAAUGUCAGAAUCUACGGAAUACCUCUGACGGCAUUGGAUACUACCGAGGCGUGGAACGGAUCGAUGCAACCAUUUCUGUUCCUGAAACUUGGGCCAAAUUCUCAGAUGACAACAUCUUGAGGUCCCAGAGCGAGAGAGCCGCCUCUGCCAAGCUCCGAGAGGAUGUCGAGACUUUACUAAAUGUCACUUCCAAUGAGAUGUGGAACCAGUUCAACCGCGUGAACGUCAUGUUCACCAACCGGAUCUCUGAGUCUGCGGAUGCCAAGAACAAGCUCCAGAGUCACCUGGCAAAGACUCUCCAGGAGAUCUUUCAGACAGAGAUGACGAUUGAAGCCAUCAAAAGGGCCAUCAGGGACAAAAUGGCUCCGAUGAGAGUGGCCCAAACACGUCUGGAUGAACGCACACGGCGCCCCAACGUGGAGCUGUGCCGAGACACUGCGCAGAGACGUCUUGUUCACGAGGUCCAAGAAAUCGACGACACCAUUCAGGUGUUGCAGCAACGCCUCCGAGAUGCUGAAGACACCCUACAGAUGCUGGUUCAUACCAAGGCCAACCUUGAACAUAACCUAUCCAUCAAAGCCAACUCCCUCUUCAUCGAUCAGGAGAAAUGUAUGGGAAUGAGGAAGAGCUUCCCCAGCACCCCUCGCCUGGUCGGGUACACAUAGGUGCCCACCAAUCCGCCAUGCGCUGGUUUGUUUUGCGAUAUGUGGUGGCGUGCACAGGAGAGGUGAUCGGAAAUCCUAGAUUUUUUUGCUAAUCCCUCACGUGGUUUGUUGGUUUAGCAUUGUCUGGUUUGAUGCACAUGACAAUUCAGAAUGCUUUAUGCCUAUAAGAUCCUUAUGAAUAAAUAAAUUGUACUUUUUACAAAAGUAAA